AUGGCAUACAACACGAGUAAAUCCACGCCGAGCACAUCACAGCCUCCAAUCUCCAAGUUCAUGGACACCGGUGCACAUCGGUACACCUCCACUCAUCCACAGCAGAGAGCGAUCACAAAUGCAAUACUGUCCGAUUUAGUUAUUGACUGCAACUUGCCCUUUUCUAUUGUCGAACACCACAGUUUCCGGCACUUUAUGAAAUUAGUUGACAGCAAAUACAACCCAGUGAGUCGCAGAAUACUGACAUCAAAAACAGACGACUUAGCUGCAGAGAGACGUUCAAAAUUGAAAACUCAAUUGAGCAACACAGAACAUGUCUCAGUCACUGUGGACAUUUGGUCUGACCGUAGGAUGAGGGGGUUCCUUGGUGUAACUGUGCACCAUAUCGAGAAAGAUGCAGAGAGCCUACAGCUAAGGUCCAACCUCUUGGCUCACACACAGCUGAGAGAAUCUGUGAGCAGUUUGAGGCUAUUUGUGAUGACUAUGAUAUAAAAGAUAAAGUAGAGUACAUCAUUAGUGAUAAUGCUGCUAACAUGCGGAAAGCUUUCACGGUGUGCUUCCCCACUGAACACGAAGAUGAAGUCUAUAACAACGAUCAUAUUGAUGACCCAGAGCUCUGGAAUGAACUCACCCCGGAAGAUCAACAGACAGUAGAUGCUGCUUUGGCCAAAAAACAACGCUUGCAGUGUUUUGCACACACACUUCGGCUUGUGGUGGGAGACGGUUUAAAAGAAACAAAGGUGUCAUCUCCUGCUCUCUCAAAGUUAUCCAAAUUAAGCUCAUUGCUGCACACAAUCUCAAGGUUCAAAGAUGUGUUUAAUGCUGAAUUUGGAGAACAAAGAGGCAUCCCUGUUGCUGUCAAUACAAGAUGGAACUCAACACUGAGACAAGUGAAGGCAGUUCUGCAUUUUGAUCAUGCAAGGCUCUCUCGCACUGUAGAAAAUGCUGGGCACAGGGAGUUGUUGUUCACAUCACGGGAGUGGAACCUGUUGAAGGAGUUCGUGGAAAUCUUGAACCCAUUUGGAGAAGCAACAGAUUUGACACAGGGGGAGAAGGUCGUCACAAUAAGCUCUGUUGUUCCCUCUGUCCUGUCCCUGAAUCACCACCUUGAGAAGCUGAAGCCUAAUGUCCGUUUCCAGAGAGGUCUGGUCAGAAGUCUCCACGUAUCCUUGAAGAAAAGAUUUCUUGGAAUUUUCAUCAACGUUAAAAUGGCCAGAGCACAGGAUGGAAUCACUGCCCCCUUUGAAGACCCAAUCUACCUUAAAGCUCAUGCCUUGGACCCAGCCUUUACUCUGAUGUGGGUGGAGCACCAUGUGCUGGUCAGUCCUGACGUCAAGGCAGAGGUUAAACAACGAAUGAAAGGUAAAUAGUCAGAUUCUAACUAAUUUCUUAUAAUUUGAUGUAAUUGACUGAAACAGUAAUACUUUGUUAAACCCAUCAACAAUGAUAGUAAUUAAGGGCUCUUUUUUCUGUUUCUUGUCUAUGUGUUCACAGAACUGAUAGUGCAAGAUGCUGCACAGGUUGAGCAGCCUGUGUCUCUUGUUGAAGAGGACCAAGAUGACCUUGGAGAAGGGGGAGGUCUGUUUGCUGCAUACCACAAGAGACAGAGGAAAGAUCUUAGCACCUCUCCAUCACUACAACUAAGUCACCACCGUGACAUAUGUGAAGGACAGCAUGCGCUCUAAUUCUGGGAAGCACACAUGAAAGGUCUUCCUUCACUGUUCCGAUUGGCCACCAGAGUUUUGGCAGUGCCUGCCUCCAGUGCUCCGGUAGAGCGAGUUUUCAGCCAUGGUGGAAUCAUAAUGCCGCCCCAUCGGGCAAAGAUGACGGACAAACGUUUGGCCAAUCUGUUUUUUUGCGAAUGCAAUGCAUUAUAGGGCCUUGAGACACGCAAGCACGCACGCACGCACGCGCGCACACACACAUACACACACACACACACACACACACACACACACACACACACACACACACACAGGUUAUUCCUAAAUCUUAUGUUCUAUUCAUUUCCUUACAUUUGAUAUACUUCAUACAAAACAUGCAGCAUAAGUAAGAAUUUUUUUGUUGAAAAUAUCUUGCACAUUUUGGAAGAGAAAGUGAUAGAGACAAUGUGAGUGAGUUGUUCUCAUGCUUAAUUUUGCUAGAGCCAUCUGAUUAUCUUGUGUUUUGUUUUGGAACAGUGAAUUUGAGCCUUCCUUAUUUUUGUGCACAUUGUCUAAGUUUACAAUUAUUGAAGUUUAUCUUAUUUUUUUGUUGUUUAACAAUAAAUGCAAAUAGUGAAAAAUGCUCAUGAUUUAUGUAAAUCUUUACAAAUCACAAAUGGUUUAUGGCUUCGACAUGACUUGUUUUUGACUUGAAAGAAAUGGUAAGGACUUGGACUUGACUUGAGACUUGACAGCCAAGACUUGAGACUUGACAGCCAAGACUUGAGACUCGACUUGGACUUGAACAUAAGGACUUUCCCCCACCUCUGGUUGGAACACAUGAGAUACUAGGAGGUUAGCAGUUUCUAGAGCAGACAGGAGCUUGGGUAACGGGACAUAAUGCACAAACUUGAAAAACCUGUCUGUGAUGGUGAGUAUGACUGUGUUACCUUCAGAAGGGGGGAGACCAGUAACGAAAUCUAGGGCUAUGUGAGACCAGGGGCGUGAGGGCACAGGCAGGGGACGCAGCAAGCCAGCCGGAGGUUGGUGGGAGGCUUUACCUCGAGCACAGACGGAGCAGGCAGCAACAUCCUGGAGAUGAGGCGUUGAGCAGAAAGGAGGUACUGAGGGUUCUUGUGGUCAGUCCAGAUGAGGAAUGGGUGUUGCGCUCCUUCCAGCCAGUGUCUCCAUUUUUGGAGUGCCCACACAUCAGCCAGCAACUCACGGUCUCCCACGUCAUAUUUUUAUUUGGUGGGUGAGAAUUUCCGGGAGAAGUAGGCGCAAGGAUGGAGCUUCUGGGUCUCGGGAUCCCCCUGUGAGAGGACGGCCCCCACUCUGGAGUCCGAGGUAUUGGAGAGAGGGAGCCGGGUGUUUGAGCACAGGGGCGGAGCGGAGGCAAUGAGAGUGGCAGUGAGGACUCCAGGCGGAGAUUGAAGCUGUGGACCAGUUGAUCUGGGGAUUGUGGAUCUGCAGCCACGGGAGUCCAAUGCACGAGGGGUGAAUGUGGAGAAGGAAGCAGGAACAACUGGACAUCCUCCCGAUGGUUUCCCGAAAGGAUGAGGGUCUGAGGAGUGGUGCAGUGGGUUAUGGUGGUUAUAACCCUGCUAUCGAGAGCUGUGACCUUACGGGGUUUUGUGGACCCAGAAGCAGACACAGAGGCAGAUAGCAAAUUAAAGGUGUUUAAUGUCCAACUCAGGGAAACGAAGCACUUGGUAAAAGUCCGGUUUGCUGGCUGGCUGUUGUGUGGGCUGGAGACACUGCAGAGAAAACAGAGAAGGAGGUGAGAGGCAGUGGCGGCUGCUGGUCUUUCAAGGAGGGGAAGCUCAUUUUUCUGGCCUACAUCAUAAUUGUGUUUGUUUAUUUGUAUGUAACAGAACAGAGUCGCCAAACACAAUGGCAGUCGUUUUUAACAAAGACAAAAGUCGCUGAGGAUCAGUAAAGUCUCUGGAGCAGUUAAGAACAACGGAAUGAAUAACUUGUAAAAUGCUCUGGUAGAUGUUUUAUUCUUCAAGGUCACUGAUUCGCUUAUUUAGCUGUCAAUCAAAAAAGGAUUUCGCUCAUCCAAUCAUGGAUGCAGAAGCUCAGCGUCCGCCAGAAAGUUGGGACCGCCCUCUCGUCAUAGAACUCCAGAGAUGCUUAGCGUCCGAUGGGCAGGACAAAGCCCAGUAUUUAUCCAAUGAGCGUCUAGUUUCACUGCUGGAACAACCCACUUUGAGCUUCCACAUUGAAGUCAGCAGACGCUGAGCGUCCGGCUGUGUGAAGCGCUGAGGCGCUGCGAGGAUGAAUGAGAACAAAGUUAUGCCGGUUACCUGUGAUUAUCAACUUCUUAUCACAGUGUGAUAAGAAGCUGAUUCUGAACAAAAGAUGAAGGCUUUCUAGCGCGUAUUAAGUUAAUGAAAUGUACACACAGCAGUAUGUAUUUCACCACUUUUUCUUUUUUUUGGGGGGGUGACAUUUUAAGGGAAGCUGAGCUUCCCUUGCAGUCUUAGAGCAAUCGCCACUGGUGAGAAGACAUACAAGGCAGUGUGGUUUUCGUCAUAUUUCGUCAAAUAUUUUCGUCAGCGUCAAAAAGGGAAAUAUUUUCGUCAACGAGAACAACACUGGUUGUUUUCGUUGACACACACAGACACACACACACGCAGGCGCACGUGCUCACGCGUGCAGUUUUGUUUUCGUUGACGAUGACGUCAUGGUUGACGAAAACAACACUGAUACAAGGGAUCACGGGGAGUGAAAAGUCGCAAGUAAUUAUCUGAGGAAGGCCAGGAGACACGUCUGUACCACUUGGGAGUGAAAACAAUACUCAGGCACUGAGACUGAGGGCUGCUGACUUCUUAAAGUGCCUUGAUUGCAGAUGUAGAGCAGGUGUGGAGUCUCACUCAGCCUCAGCGACAGGGGGUCGGAAGGGAGCUCUGGAAGAGAGUCAAGCCAGACCAGGCAAACAAAGAAACACAGGAAGUCCAACCAAAAUAAAACAAAAGGAGGAGGCAUCUCACCCCACCAUUUUAAAUACUGACACACAACUUGUGAAUUUCACCCUUUCAAUCACAUUUCACACACAUAAAUCUUAAAAUGAUGGCAAAGACUGCUAUGUUAAGUACUGUGAUUGUUAUUAUCUAUCAUAAAAAAUAUUCAUGGAACUUUGAACUAAUAUCAUAAAAUACGUCAGCAGUAAAUAGUUUGGUUAUUAAAUGAUAUGGCUAUGGACAUGACUGUUCAAAGUUCUACAAGUCACAGCUAUUUAUGCAUUACUUUUCACUUUGUUAAGCAAAAUACAUUUACGCCCCACAAUAACUUAGUGCAAUUAUAUUUAGUGAACACUCUGGAGUACCCAUGCACAUUAUGUGAUACCCCUUCCCCACAUCAUGACCACACUACACAAUACAUUUGCUCUGUUACAUACAGAGAUCAUAAAAUAUUCCUCUGUCAACAUCAUAUAAAAGAAAAAAAAACAUUCAGCUGUCUCAAACUAUUAUUUCAAAGGUGUUUCCAUGUACAUGAUAAUAAAUGAAAUAAAAAUUAAAUACGUUUUUCCCUGUCCUAAUCCAUGUGGGUUACUUGCACAUCUACAAACAGGACUUUUGAGUUCAGCUUUUAUAUCUGGGACCUGCCUCUCAUCACAGGAUCUUCCAGUUUGAACAGUCAAAGUGUCAAGAUUGAGGAAAAGAGGAGAGAUAAUAUCCUGGGUUCCCCAAAGUGUUCAUUUGAGGGAACUGAUGUAGAAUCUAAGACCUAAGACUGAAAGAUAAAGGAUUUGAGUAACUGCAAAAGUAGGCAAUUAUUUGUAAUAAUAGGUUUAUAAUUCUAAGAGGAUGAUUCAUUUAGGGUUGAAGUCAAGAGACAGAAUGUGUGGGUUGAAAAUAACUAUUCAGUGAAAUGAAAUCUUGCUUUUGGACAGGAUUAAAAAUGUUAUAUAACCAACAGUAGAGAAUGAGCAGAAAUACCCAAUGUAAGGGUACAGGAGGGCUGCUUAAUAUUAGAUAUGAACAGUGUUUUUGCAGGUAUGGGGCAGUGAGGCAACAUGCAGUGUGGGCUGAUGAGGAAAAGGUCCCGGUGUUGAAAUAUGAUAGUCCCUGUAAAAAACUACAUGUAGGCAAUUUAAAAAUCAACAGAUCUGUGUUUUGAACAGUUUCAGAACAAUGUUCUUCAGUUUAAAAUGGAAAGAAUUUGGGGAUUUCAUCAUCUACAGAAUUCAAUAUCGUUAAAAAUUCAAAGAAUUUGUAGAAACCUCUGCGCAAAAUAACAAGGCUUGAGCUUUUGACUCCAGGCAACAUUACACCAAAAAAAAAAAAAAAAAAAAAAAACAUGAUUCCAUGGUAGAAAUCACUGCAUUUGCAGAAAUCAUACCUGACAACCAUUCUGUGAACUGUUCCAUGUUAAGAGGAAACCAUUUGGAGACAUGGUUGAGGAACGCUGGUGCCUUUUAUGAGCUGUAGGCCUGAGCCCAGUUAAGGUGAAAAACUGUCCUGUGGUAAUGCCACAUCACCACUCACUUUAUGAGCGAUUGUUCAUAAAACAGUUAUUUGGUGAUUACUCAUUACUUUGUUAUCAAAGAGUUAUAAUAUCACUUUAUAUACCACAAUAAAUUAAUACAGUUAAAUGAUGAUGAGAACACUCUGGUGAACAUGUGUAUACUUUAUGGUACCUAACUUCGAUGUCAUGAUGGGUUCACUUGAGGCCAAAAUGUAGUAAUAAGGUUAUUAUUACUAAAUAUCUUCCUCCAAAUAUAUUAUGUAAAAAUGUUCAUUUAUGUGUUAGAAUAGAAUAGAUAAUAGUUGUAUUGAUGUUUGAGUUUAUGCGCUGCUUGACGACCAGUCAGCCUGCCAAUUGGUUAGUGCAUUAGCUUAUGCAGUUAUAGCCACAACUGAACUGUAAUGUGGACCAGUGUUACGCCCCAGUCUAGGGGUGCCUAGGGCACAACAUGAGAAGGCCUCAUCAUCCCCAAGUCCCAAGUAGCCACAACAACCGAGAUUUCAGUUCAAUUUAAAACACAGAUUUAUUUACAUAAAUCAGUAAAUAACAAAAGAUAGACAAAAGAACUAAGGCUGAAUGACUAGGCUUCAGGGUGGACCAAGGCCAAAACAACAACCAAAAAUAAUCCUGUCUGUGGAGUAAGUCCUUCCCUAACCAAAACAAAGGAAACAAAUGACAAAAGACUUACCUCCCUAACUAAAAUACACAGGAGAACAUAAGGCUAACAAAACUGGCAGUCCACCCCUACUACUGAAGGAAAACACAACACAAUACACCAUAGUCUUAAAGCUGCAAAAUAGGGUGGCCAGUUGGGAGAGGAGGAGGAUGAGGAACGCCUGGCCUCUGCCCUGCACAUGGUGGCUGCCAUCUUGGUUCCUCAUAUAGUUGGUCUCAGCCAAUCACCAUCCAGGACGUAGACCAACCCACCAAUGACAGCGUUGCUGUGGCACACACCUAUUUGCAUAUAAGAUUGACACAAGAAAACACAGGGCACACACACACACAGCAGACAGUCCACAAAUUAUGACCACAGUCAUAACACCAGCGAUGUCUAGUUUAAAUACUACUGUGUUUUCCUUCAGGGACAGAUGAGGACACUGAGCGGCUGAUCUGGUGGCGAGGACAUAACGGGCAGAAGGAACGCCGCCCUAAAGGGUUUUCAGUAAGAAAUUUGUGUUCAUGUACCGUUGCGUCGUGGAUUUAUUUAUUGUAAACACACGCUUCAACUGGAGCCGACCGGAACACAAAUGUUGGCCAGGUCGGCCUCUAGCUUUGUUGUUAUCAGAGCAGCAUUCUACCAGCCACAAACGCCCCCCACCACUCGACAAAACAUAAUACAAGAGUUGCAAUGGGUUGAUUACAAAAUGGGGAAAAAGCUACUGCCUAAUGCAGAAAUAAUAUGAAUAUGGAGAACUUGAGGACACAUUAUGGUAACUCUGUACGUAAAUGGUAAAUGUGAACAUUGUUCUGACAGUGGCUUGUAGGCACUUGCCACGUUCAGAUGCCCUUUUGAUUGCCCCUUGUUUGUCAUCCUUGUUUAGGGCUUUCAUCAAGGAGCAUGGGCUGGAGGGUCAGGUGGACCCAAGUUUUCCCCCAAAAAAUGGGAAAACCUGAAACAGAAAUAUAAGGUAGGUGGAGGUAUGACAAACACUUCAGUAUUUAUGAUUUGCACAAAUACAGUGAAUGCUUAUGUUUUUAAGUUUUGCUAUAUAAUCUGGCUAUGUCAGAGCUCAAACAGUCAGUGUGAAAGGGACCCAUGUUAUCAGAUUAUAUUUGUGUCUGUGUCAUUUGCCAGGUUCUCAAGGCACCACCAACGGGGGUAAGCACAGAGGGAGGAGAGGCCACUGCUGCAAACUGGAAAUGGUUUAAUAUCAUGGAUGACGUGAUGAGGGACCGUCCCACCAUAUCACCGCCCAACCUCAUCACCUCAUCCAUGACACCAACAGCAGUGGCCUCUCCUCCAAAUCCAACUUCUGAGUCUCCUUUUGUGAGAGGGAGGAGAACAAGUGACUCAAGGAGCAGAGAGUGGUUCGAGGAAUGGUUGAAAGGCUUUGAGGAGAGGGAGGAUGAAAGGUUGCAGCAGACAGAGGAAUGGGAAUGUCGGGCAGAGGAGAGGGAGAGGCAGGAAAAGUGUAGCAAUCAAGACAACCCUGGAUGUGAAACCCACACAUUCCUCACAGGAAAGUUUCCUUAUCUGGUCCCAGGACACAGGAUAUAAAUCUUUCCAGACAUGUUUACACUUUCAGGUUGCCUAAGUGACCCAACCGGAGGUUGACCAAACUUCUGACUCUUCACGAUUGGUCAAUUCGGAGAACAGAGACAGAGUUUUUAUUACCUUUUAAACUGACUCCAUCACUGACCAUCUAAAUAAACAUUAACGUCUCAACCCAGAUCUCCCAUUUGAGAUUUACCUUCUUAAAGUGUGUGAACAUACGGACCCCAGGAUAAGGGGGGACACUGACCUCCAGACCUCGGUCGUAAAACCCUGCUCGACCAUACACUGAUAAAGACUGCAUUCCUUUGGUGAAAGAAUACAAAUGACUGAUCCUGACAUCUUAUGCAUUCAGCAAUGUACUAAUCUGUCUAAUCAUGAAAUUUGUGUUAAAAUGAGAUGUUUCCCGUUUUUCUAUGUGCUCCAGAAGCCGAGUUAUUGCUCUUUAGUUUCUUUAGACCAACAGCUUUUCAGACUGUUUCAUGAACUUUUAAGAGUUAAAUUUAUCGACUAUGAAUCAUAACUUAACUCUAGGUAACAGAAACAGUUUAGAAAUGUUUGGUUUAUAUUGUAGUUGUUUAUUUAGUAUUUUUAACCAUUAGGUGGUUAUAAUGUCAUUGAAUAACCUUAAUGUGAGUAUUUAGAAUCCAUUAUUAAUCAUGAUGAAGUUCAUUCACAUGUGUUUACUCUUUUGUUGUUCACAGUUUCCAUGUGUUACUAUCUGUUUCAUUUCAGAGUAAUUUAGCAUGUUCAAUGUGAUACUUAAAACAUAAUGAGAAUGUUUGAUGUGAUCCUACACUUCAUUCAUAUGUGUUUAGUGUCAAAUUAUUUAUCAUGAAACCAAGCAUUCAAUGAUAUUAAUCAUAGUGAGUGAGUAUCAGAUCUGACUCUUUUACCAGCCAAAAGUAUAAGUUAGAUCAAAUAAUCAGAGAUCCGAGUUCAUCUCUGCUUGGAGACCACACGACCCUCCUCCUCUGUCUCCUCACACACACAGGCCGGAGACACUCCCAGUGUGAGAAGAUAAAACCAGUGAAGUGGGGUUGCUCACUCUCUUCUGCUUCUGCUCUUGUUCACGCUUAUCCCUUCUACUCUUGUCCCCGGCUCUUAUGCCCCUUCUCUUCUGCCCACACCCUUCUGUGGUGCGUUUCUUUGUUUUCUCUUAGAACUUUUUCUUAGUCUUCUAAGUUUUACGCCACGUGUUGAUUCACGUUGAUUUUUCUUUAACAUCGUCUUAGUUCAAGUUUUGAAACUUCAACUUUUUGUGCGCAUAGCAAUUCAAGAUUAAGCCUUUGAUUGAUUUUUCUUUAAAUUCGCAAAGCCAUUUUUGAAAGUUUUCUCUGCUCGAGUCUCGUUUUUCUGAGUUAUCUGCGUGAUUUCAAAGUCACCUCUGAACGCAACCCAGCAGGCCCAGGUCAUCCUCUGUGCCAGAGUUUUUGAGUGAGACCAAAGAAGUACCCAAACGAGCAUCCACAGGAUCCACAGGCGCUGGCUUUGCUUCGGGCCCGAGUGCUGCAACUCCUGGCUCAUCCUUCGACUGACUUCAGUCGUCUUCUGAGCUGAACCGCUCGAACCGCCAGUAGCCCCGGACCUUCGGAACCUGCUCCAUCUUCUCCAAGGACCAGUCUCACUUAAGUAUGCAAACCUCCAGAGCUCCAAAGAGGGCUGGUGCUGUCUCCUGCGUUCAUAGCUCAGAUAUCCUCUUAUUCUGGUAAUCUUAGAUUCCUCCAAAUCCACAUCCGAGUUCAUCUCGACACCAAAGUUAGUGUAGGUUAAUAUGUUAGCGCAUAUUCACUCACUAUCAUUAACUUUAGUGCUCCUAGCCUGACUCAGAAUCUUUAUUUAUUCACCUAUUAUUAUUUUAUCCUCAUUAUCUUAUCAUCAUUUAUUGCAUGUGUGUUGUACCAUCAUUUAUUCUGUAAUAAACAGAUCAUUAUUUUUCUAAGUUCUUGACUGUUAGUGUUCUUCCAGAAGUGGAGUCCCUGAAAUUAGAAUUUCGACUUAAGAUAUGAGACUGAUUAAUUAAAACUGACUUGAUGUUUGAUUUCUGAAUUAAACUUUUGUUUUCUUUAUUUUCCCACCAUUAAGGGUGGGUGGUGCCCCUUUCAACAAGUGCAUAAAUGUCAUAAUUUGAGAUUAUUAAUCUUCAGACAUUUAUUAUAAAUUCCAAUCGCUACAGUAUUUUGGUGCGGCCUUGUGAGACUCAUUUAAAAUCGCUACAUAUAUUUUGGUGCGACCGUGUGAGGCUCAUUUCAACCGCUACAAAAGAGAGAGAUGGAGGAAAGAUGGGUAAGAAGAGAGCAAGAGUGGAGAGAAGAAGAAAGAAGGAGCACAGACAGAAGCGAGCGGGAGUUGAGAGAGUGGAUGGAUUGAAGAGCAAUGGAAAAAAGGAGAGAGAGAGAGGAAAGAGAGAGGAAGAGUAGAGCAAGAGAAGAAAGAUGGAUGGAUAUGAUUGAAAGACUGUUUAAUUGUAAAUAAUUUGUUCAUUUGAUUUUGAUAUUUUUUUUUACAGACCAAGUUUUAA